AAAUGCACUUAGUAUAAUUUUAACGUUCCAUAAUAAUCAAGCGUAUACUACGCAAUAAAUUAUCACAUUAUUUUCAAAACAAAUCGAUGUCUUAAAAUUUAUUAAUUAUUUAUGAAUUAUAAUUAAUCUCAGUCCUAAAUAUUUUUUAUAUUAAAUUAUUUGUGUCAUUAAAGUUAUUAUUUCAAAAUGAUUCGUUUAAGCAACCUGUUAUUAAUUAUUUUCAUCACUACCACGCUUUUCUCCAUAACAUCAGCAGCUACUGUUAUUAACCAACAACUACCUUGCAAUUGUCAUCGAGGCUACACCGUUCAACUUCAUCCCAAGGAUAAGAAGUUGUUCUGUCAAGGAAUACUGCACGAAGGAAGAAGAUCCUGCUCAAAUUUAGAACGACCUCGGUGCAUUUGCACAUUAGGACAAGGUUUCAUUGUACAAGAUUUGUACGGGUAUUGGUGCGUUAAAGUGAAACCUGGGUUUGCGGAAGAAAUCAGAUGGGACUGUGAGAACAAAAAAGACUGGGAUGCAUUUUUUAAACUUUAUCCUGAAGAAAAACCUGUGGCAGAUAUUGCAUUUGAUACAUUCCCAGAAAAAAUCACCGACAUAAAAGACUGCCAUUGCAAUGACGGGUUCGAGGCUAAAGGUACUCCUGAUGUUGGAUACAAAUGUCACGGUAUAUUCAAGAAGAUAAUAGUCUUAUGUAACACUAUACAACGACCUCGUUGCAUUUGUACAGACCACACUGGUGUACUUACUGACGAAACUGGUACCUGGUGUACUAGAUAUGGAGGCGGCAGGGAAAUUAGAAGGUGGAAUUGCGAAAACACAGAAGACUGGGAAACAUUUUUCACUGCACAUCCAGACGAAAGGCCAAAACCAAAAGUUUAA